UUGGGAUAGUGGAUUUGGAAAACAAUAAAGCUAAAGCGAAAUGAAAUUGCCAUCUGGCAUCCAUUUUUGUUAAGUAAAAAACAAAAACAAUGUUGAAAACAAAACAAAACCAAGACAGAGAGAGAAAGGAAAGGUAAAGUGAAUGUUAGAACGUAGUUUGAUUUGCCAACAACAACCCUCUGUUUCUUCUCUAUUUGUCCUCCAACCAAAGAACAGCAAAACUGAAACAAAGAAAACCAAGAAAUCUGCCAAAUCGAAGAAAACAAACCGAAAAUUAAAAAAAAAAAGUCUGCUACGUCAUCCUCUCCCAUAGUUGUGUACAAGUACUUGGGAAAGAUAGCAAAACACGAAACUCUCCGCCACCACCCCCCUGCAACCAUUUUAUUGUUGCUUUUUAAAAUUUUUUAUUUGAAUUAUGUUCUACGUCAGUUGACCUAAUUUCAAUUCCCAUACAAAAGAAGAAGAAGAAAAAAAAAGGAUCAUCCGUAAAUCCUAACAUAAAACAGAUACCUGAGAGAGGAAGAGGAAGAGGAAGAGAAAAAAAAGAGUAUCAAAAUGGGAAAUUCGUUUGGGUGCUCAGCUUCAGGGGAGAGAUUAGUGUCGGCUGCCAGAGAUGGGGAUUUGGUGGAAGCCAAGAUGCUUCUGGAUUUCAAUCCAUGUCUUGCUAAAUAUUCCACUUUUGGUGGCCUUAAUUCUCCUCUUCAUUUCGCUGCUGCCAAAGGCCACAACGAGAUUGUUACUUUAUUGCUCGACAAUGGAGCUGAUGUUAAUUCCAGGAAUUACUGUGGCCAGACGGCAUUGAUGCAAGCAUGUAGAUACGGACACUGGGAAGUUGUACAGACCCUUCUGCUUUUUAGAUGCAAUGUUACGAGAGCAGAUUAUCUAAGUGGGAGAACUGCUCUACAUUUUGCUGCUGUAAAUGGACACAUAAGAUGCAUAAGGUUAGUUGUAGCUGAUUUUGUUCCUAGUGUUCCUUUUGAAGCUAUAAACACCCAAAUUGAAGGUGAAAGAGGGGAUGCUGUGGCUGUGAGGAACAAAAAUGACCAAAGUGCACUGUCAAAGUUUGUAAAUAAGGCAGCUGAUGGUGGAAUUACUGCUCUUCAUAUGGCUGCAUUAAAUGGGUAUUUUGAUUGUGUACAGCUUUUAUUAGACCUUCAUGCUAAUGUUUCUGCCGUCACAUUUCAUUAUGGAACAUCAAUGGAUUUGAUAGGAGCUGGAAGCACUCCUUUGCAUUACGCUGCUUGUGGGGGAAACUUGAAAUGCUGCCAGAUCCUUCUAGCAAGAGGAGCCAGUCGAGUGACUUUGAAUUGCAAUGGUUGGCUGCCACUUGAUGUUGCAAGGAUGUGGGGUCGUCAUUGGCUUGAACCCUUGCUGGCACCUAAUUCUGACAUAACCAUACCUAGAUUUCCCUCUUCCAACUACUUGUCCUUACCUCUUUUGAGUGUACUUAACAUAGCAAGGGAAUGUGGGUUGCAGUCCUCAACAACCUUCUUCUCAGAUGAUGCUGACACUUGUGCUGUGUGCCUUGAAAGAGCAUGUAGUGUUGCUGCCGAAGGAUGUGGGCAUGAGCUAUGCGUAAGGUGUGCACUCUAUCUUUGCUCAACAAGCCACAUUCCUUCCAAUAUGGUGGCCCAACCUGGGUCUAUUCCAUGCCCACUCUGUAGACAUGGCAUUCUAUCCUUUGCCAAGUUGCCCAGCUCCCCCGCAAAGGAACUUAAGCUACAUCUAUCCCUAGGCCUCUGUACCCCAUGCAUGCUUCAUCCUCGUGAUGCCGAUUGCCCGUCACCAGCUUCAAAGAUCCGGAAGAAUCGCGAUGCAUCAGUUUCUUCCGAUCUUUUAUGUCCGGUUACAUGUAGUCCAUUUCCUUCUGUUGCCAUCCCUUUGUGCACCUGCAAUGACAGUCGUUGCCCCUCCUUUGAACCUCGAGAGGCAGAAACACAAGAUGAAUCUCCAAGACCAUCACAAGCUACAUCAAUUGACCAAGAUAAAAUUGAAGGACCAAGACUGGAGAGAACAACCUGUUCAAGCAUGUUUUGGGGCAGAAGGAGCUGCAGUAGAGAGCAUCAAUGCAACUCAGAAAUAAAUGCUUGACUGGUUUCUUAUGUAGUUGAUCUAUUCUACCAAAGAGCUCCGGCGGUGACCAGAGACGUAUUUAGCACUUGCCGAAAUCUUAAAAAAAAAAUUUUGGUUAGAAUUAUGUAAUUAUUACAAGUUGAAGAAAGUUUUAAUUUUGUUUCCAUUGAAAUUUAAUUAGCAUUUCUCUUUAGCAUUAAUGCAUAAAGUACUAUGAAAUUUCACUAGUAAUUCAAAUUCGGGUAUUUGAAUAAAGGGAUAUACAUGCAUUUUAUUGUACUAAAUGGACACUGACACAGGUGUUUAAAACUCUACAACCUUGUCAUUAUGUUGAGAAAUACAAAAUGAUGCAAUCAACAACUUUGUCUUACAAAUAGAUGUUCACCAAAAAAGAUUAUAAUUUGACCCACCUUCCUCCCAUAACCAUCCAACCACCAAGGUAAGGCAAUUAGAAAACCCUUAACUUCUU